GAAUCCAUCCACAAACUUUUAUUUAUAUCCUGUGGGGACAGCUACAAGGAGAAGAGGUUUUGUUCUUAGUGAAUUGAAGAAAAGCCACUGUUCUGAGCUGAUCUUCUGCUGUUGGAGUGAGAGCAGAUUUCCAGCGUGGAUGUUGAACCUCUCCAUAGAGGGCUGAACUUCCUGAGUGAUGAAACUCCUCACCAGAGCAGCCCGGGUGGAUGUGGAGGACCCACAACGCUGCAAACAGGCACUGCUGGUUACUGUCCCACCCAGCACAAGCAAAAGCUGCCAGAACAGAGCCCCAGGGCUGUUUCUCAAUGGACAAACAUCCUGACCGCCUGCCAGGAGUCCCUCACGGGAGCAUCACCCGGCCCCGCGAUGACGCCGUUAGACACCGAAAAGGGACAAGAGAGCCACGGCCGCUUUGCCUCUCAACCUCAUCACGCCGGUAACCUCUGUCGCAGCGCGGGGGCCCGUCCAAAACAAACAGCGCCGUGUUUACUCAGCGCCCGGGCCACCGGAUAAACCCAUCCUAUAAGUGCGCGGCGGGCGCGGGGCCGGGCAGUGCCGGGGCCAGAGCGAAACAUGCCGCAGUACGACACGACGGGAGCGCCCAGGGACGGCGCCUGGGCACAGGUGAGCGCGGCGGCCACAGGGACGGGGACGUACCCGAGGCGGGUGAAGGUGGUGGAGGUGGGACCCCGUGACGGGCUCCAGAACGAGAAGAACGUUGUGCCCACCCCUGUGAAGAUCAGUUUGAUCAACAUGCUGUCAGAGACAGGGCUGCAGGUCAUAGAGGCCACCAGCUUUGUGUCCCCCAAGUGGGUCCCUCAGAUGGCUGAUCACACCGAGGUCAUGCAGGGCAUCACUAAGGUGCCUGGGAUCAGUUACCCUGUGCUGACCCCCAACCUGAAGGGAUUCCAGGCAGCGGUGGCUGCAGGGGCCAAGGAAGUGUCGAUCUUUGGAGCAGCGUCCGAGCUGUUCACGAAGAAGAACAUCAACUGUUCCAUAGAGGAGAGCCUGGAGAGGUUCAGCGAGGUGAUGGCAGCAGCAAGGGCAGCCAACAUUCCUGUCAGGGGAUACGUUUCCUGUGUCCUUGGAUGUCCCUACGAAGGGAAGAUUUCUGCAGCUAAAGUUGCAGAGGUCUCCAAGAAGAUGUACUCCAUGGGAUGCUACGAGAUCUCCCUGGGGGACACCAUCGGCGUGGGCACCCCCGGGAGCAUGAAGGAGAUGCUGAGCAUGGUGAUGAAGGAGGUGCCCGUGGGGGCUCUGGCUGUUCACUGCCACGACACCUAUGGACAGGCCCUGGCCAACAUCCUGGUGGCCCUCCAGAUGGGGGUGAGCGUGGUGGACGCGUCCGUCGCCGGCCUGGGGGGCUGCCCCUACGCCCAGGGAGCGUCGGGGAACGUGGCCACGGAGGACCUGGUGUACAUGCUGAACGGGCUGGGCAUCCACACGGGUGUGGAUCUGCAGAAGCUCAUGGACACAGGAACCUUCAUCUGCAACGCUCUCAACCGAAGAACCAACUCCAAGGUGUCCCAGGCAUCCUGCAGACUGUGACACUGAGGGGAGUUUCUCCCUGGAUCGAGAAGAAAGCGAGGAUCUGGCACUGCCUGGAAUUCCUCUCUGAUCUCCAGUGCUCCUUCCUGGCUCAGCACUUGAGAGGGAACUCAUAAUCCACCAGAAUUUAUGAAGAAAUGAGGGAAACGAGAAUAUUAGAUUUGACCUUGAGGAUGUCACCAUUUGCCUUAGGGAAGGGAGGAUGUGGAUGGGCUCUGGUCAGACCAGCAUCCACUGACUCCUGCCUUGAGCCUUAGGCCACCAGCCAGGGAUAAUCCACAGUUUUUCCAGCUGGAGCACUUCUCCAGGUCGGGCUUUCCCUUCCCUUCUCACUACAAAUGUUAAGCCUGAGUCAAAAGCCUCUGAAUGUCCUGGGGCAGCCUUGGACAGUCUUACAGGGACUGUGGCAAAGGACAGUGUAUCUGUUGUAAGAUACCUUUAAACACUAGGAUAAGAAACAUUAUUUAACAUUCUGAACAAAUCACGUUUCUAAUAAACUGAACCAGUUAAA